GCGACCAGUCCGUGUGUGUGAGUCGUUAGGUUCAAACGGAGAUUCAGCAUUUCGACAAGCGUGCUUACUUCUGGAUUUUGAGACGAAAGAAUGGUCUCAGUUAACAUCGACGAUCUCACACUGAUGCUUUAUGCACUUUGUUGAUCAUCUUCAGCACUUGACGAGAACUCCAGCGACUGGACUGAAGUUGUAGAGCAAUGGAUCCAGUAACAAAGUGGACACCGAAGCAGGUUGUUGACUGGAUGAGAGGUCUGGAUGAUAGCCUCCAACAGUAUGUUCACAAAUUUGAGAGAGAGAAAAUAAAUGGAGAGCAGCUACUGAAAAUCUCCCAUCAGGACCUUGAGGAACUGGGCGUGGCCCGCAUUGGCCAUCAGGAGCUGGUGUUGGAGGCAGUAGAUCUGCUCUGUGCUCUGAACUAUGGACUGGAGACAGAUAACUUGAAGAACCUGGUGGUGAAGAUGAGAGCUGUCACCAAUAGCCUUCACAGUGCAACAUCAGAACGCAGGAAAAGCCUUACGAAUGAAAACAGCACAUCUAGCAAGCUUCCAAAUGAAUUCCUUUCCUCUGUGGUUGAGCUUAUCGGAGCAGCCAAAAGCCUCCUGGCUUGGCUAGACAGAACUCCGUUGACGGGGAUCAGUGAUUUCACAACCACCAAGAACAAAAUCAUUCAAUUGUGUUUGGAACUCACCACUACAGUUCAACAGGAUUGCACUGUGAAUGACAUGGAAGAGAAGAUUUUGGAUGUUUCGAAGGUGUUAAACAGUAUUUGUGACCAGACGGUGAGAACCACCUCCGAUCCUCUGAUGAGUCAGUCAGCAUGUCUGGAGGAAGUUCAGCUUACCAACAUCAAAGCAGGAGAGGGAUUGGGCAUGUACAUCAAAUCCACCUACGAUGGGCUUCAUGUCAUCACGGGCACCACUGAGAAUUCCCCAGCAGAUAUGACACACAAGAUCCAUGCUGGAGAUGAGGUCAUCCAAGUCAACCAGCAGACAGUGGUGGGCUGGCAGCUGAAGAACCUGGUGGCCAAGCUGAGAGAAGACCCUAAAAGUGUGGUGCUUUUGUUAAAGAAAAGACCUACAGGAACCUCAGGCUUCACCCCAGCACCUCUCAAGAACAUGCGCUGGAAACCACCCGUGCCCCAGAGCUCCACCUCUCCUAAUAAAAGUCAGUCGUCAGGUGAUACUACCAAACUCUGCAGUAGGAAAGACAAGCCAGCUAUACUGGACCUGUACAUCCCUCCACCCCCCUCAGUGCCUUACACACCACGGGAAGUAAGAAAUAGCUCCUACACCAGCAUCAAUGCCAGACCUAAAGGCUCUGAGUCCCCAAACUCCUUCCUGGAUCUGGAGGGCCAUCAGUGCUUCACCAUUGCAGAGUACGACAAACUGUCUGUUCACCCCGUUGAGGUCAACGUACAGAUGCGACCGAGAGGAAGAGCUUCCUCACAUGGUAAACCACGGCCUCUUUCCAUGCCAGUAGAUACAUGUUUGAGUGUUGCAAACCUGUAUGCGAGGCCCUGGGCUCAUGGACGGAAAGGUGAAGAUCUUUUGUACAGAUACCUAAGCAACGAACGCAUACCAACAAUUGUUGAGGAGGCCCCGGGGCCCAGAUCUUCAUACAAAUCCAAAGCACAGAAACUCACUCAUGAGGCAGACCACGCACGGAACAGCCGAAUAACGGUCAGUGCGGACCUACACAACAGUGCCACCAUCCCUUAUCAUGAGGACCUAAUCAAAAAGACCCCCAUGACAUCCACCCCCAAACGACCCCCUGCGGAGCCCUCGCUACUGGUCAGUUGGAUCACACGGCUUAAGCUAUUGACUCACUAAUGUCAGCUUUGCCUUCUCCCCCCACCCUGGGCUAACUUUCUGUCGCCUUGGUGCCUUUGUCCAGCUCUGUGGUGGCUCUUUUCUUAUGGUCUCUUUCAUGCUUUCGUUCUCCUACUCUCUGGAUUUGUCUUUGUGCCUCUUAUUUGCUUAUAUUACCAUUUGACUAGAUUGCUUUAACAUGUCUAAAAUGACUAGAUGUAGAACUGAAGUGUGUAAUUUUUUUACGUUAAAUAUUUCUCCUGUCCCAGGUUAAUAUUCUACAGAGCCACUUAGAGAACAGGGAGGCAAUUUAUUUUCUGAAAUAGUUUUGCGUUCCCUCGCAAUAGUUUUUUUUUUUUGGUUACUAUGGUUUUACAACAAAUAGUUAAACAAUGGUUAUCGUAGUAAAACUAGGAAUGGGUGUUUUCAAAUUAUUUUGUAGUCGAGUACUCCAACCCACAAAAAAAACGAAUAAUCGUUUACUUAUUAAUAUGUAAAUUAAAAAUAACAUGUAUGACACAUACGUGAAUUUUAUAUUUUGUUGAAAUAAACAAUAUGCAUUAAUAAAAAUGGUGAAAAGAAAGAUUUUAAAAUAACUUUUUUAUAAAUAUUUGUACUCACCCGGAGCUUACAUACUGUAGAAACCAGUACUGAUGGCAUGAGGUUUAUGCACAUACUGUAUAUAAACUUUUAAACUACAUAAAGGCUAACACAUUUUUAUGAUUUCACAUGUUAUUAUUCAGAAAAACAAGUGGUGAAAGUUGACUUUUUAUCAAAUGUGCUCUGCCCUUGUUCAGAGAUUUAACGCACAUACACAAAUACUGGUCUGAUAAGUUUUGCGAGAUUCUCGUACCGCUUCACAUUUUCUUUCCACCAUAAAAGCAGAUCCUUGUCCAUUGGUCUGCAUGGCUCCAACAAGAACCGAAUACCAAUACAAUAUAAUUCAAUAGGAAUCAAAAUAUUGCAAGUAUUGCCACACUUGACUACACACCAUCAUUAUGCCUUCUCUCAUCCACAACCUCGUAGACACACAUCUGCAGCGCCCCCCAGUGGACUGAAUUGUAACUGCGAGAAAUCAAUUUGCGAUAUUCAAGUAGUGUUUUUAAUUGUCGACUAGCUGGUACAGAAUGAGUACUCGAUUAGUUGAUUACUCGUGCACAUCCCUAAGUAAAACCAUGGUUAAGUUUUGUAAGGGAUGGAAAAAGUAAUUGCGAAGGGAGGCGAUCCUUGUUCUCUAAGGGGCUCCAUAAUAGUCAAAGACAGCUAAAUGUAAGCCAUGCACAUGUCACUCUGUGCUGCUACCAAAACAUUGUUCUGUUUAAACAUCUUGACCAGUCCGACAAGACAACAUUUGGCUCAACCAAUGGCGUGACUUUCGGGUGGGGCUAUCUGUUUGCCAACAAACGGCAGAUGGGGGAGUAGACAGGAAACCUGUUUGAAAACAUUAAUUACAUUACAGAAAUUACACACUUUAGCUUUAACUUCAGAAAUGUAUGAAUGUUUGGAAAUGCUUUUGGGGAAAAUUAGAUAAACAGUCUCUGAUUAGUUCAGUUGCCUUUUUGGGAAAAUUGAAUUGUAAGCUACAGUAUUGAUUUGUAUAUCAAUCCAUUUACACUUGUACAUCUACCUCAACUUUCCACAGUUAUGUACAUGGAAUUCAUAGUGUUUAUGUAACAGUACACUUCUGCAUAGUUUAUGGUAAAACAUUUGUUAAAUCUGAUUUAAAACAAAAACUGUUAAAAGUUAUUUCUACCAAACCCCAUGUAUUUCCAAACAGCUUAGUCAACUCUCAUUUUUAAACUCCUAACAGAACAUUUUACAGAGAAACAAAUGCAUCCUGUUGUUUCUUGUGUCUUUUUGCUUUGGAUUAAUAACCUUCAGUGGAUGGAAUUGGAGGACUGGGGAAAUUGUUUUCCUAAGUUACUAUGAGUUUCAUCAUGGUUUGUGUUUUCUCAUUUGUGUGUUGAGUAAGUUAUUUUGAAUUUGCUUUUGAAGUGUUUUUGAUCUUGCAUUUUGUGCUAUUUUGCAUUGCUUUCCGAGAUGGGUACAUUAACAAUACUGAUAUACACAAAUCAGCCACAACAUUAAAACCACCUGUCUAAGAUUGUGUAGGUCCCCCUUGUGCCGCCUAA